AUGGCUAUCAACUCGAACUUGUUUCAUGGCUUCAUUUGCAUUUUGGUUGCACUAAUAUUAUUAGGGUGUGUUGAGUGCAAUAGAAAACUAGCUGAUACGGCAUCCCUCUUUGUGUUCGGUGAUUCGAUACUGGAUCCUGGGAAUAAUAAUUAUAUCAACACUACUAGUGACUAUCAAUCAAAUUGGUGGCCUUAUGGUGAAUCAUUCUUCAAAUAUCCAACUGGUAGACCUUCUAAUGGGCGUCUCAUAUCUGAUUUUAUAGCGGAAUACGCUAAUUUGCCACUCAUUCCAUCUUAUUUCCAAAUUGACAAGGAAGGAUUUAUUGAUGGAGUCAAUUUUGCUUCAAGCUUAUCUGGUUCUCUCGUAGAAACCAACCGUGGUCAUGUAAUAAACCUUAAAACACAAUUGAAAUAUUUCAAGAAGGUGACAAAAUUGUUAAAUAAUAAAGUGGGAGACAAGCAGUCCAAAAAACUCAUCUCAAAUGCUGUUUACAUGUUUAGUACUGGAACAGUUGACUAUGGUGAAGCUUUUCGAAGUAGCCCUGAUUUAAUUCACUUUCCAUAUCCUAAACAACAAUUUGUAGAAAUGGUAUUAUCAAAUUUCACAUCCGUUUUGAAGGAAAUUUACAAAAAAGGAGGAAGAAAAUUUGCCAUAUUUACUUUGAUUCCCUUAGGUUGUUUUCCAGGUGCUAGGGCUUUUACCUUUCAACAAAACAAGAGUGGUGAAUGCAUAAAUGAACUAAAUGAGAUACUGAAAAUGCAUAGUUUGGCUCUUCCGAAAACGAUGAAGAAAUUACAAGAUGAAUUAGCAGGAUUUAAGUAUACAUUGUUUGAUCUAUAUGAAGUAAUUGAUCAAAGAAUCAACCAUCCUUUGAAAUUUGGGUUUGAAGUAUCAAAGAAGGCAUGUUGUGGUACAGGACCCUUUCGAGGAAUUAACAGUUGUGGAGGAAAGAGGCAAGUUAAAGAGUACCAACUUUGCAAAAAUCCCAAAGAUUAUGUAUUUUUCGAUGCUUCGCAUCCCUCACAAUCCACCUACCAACAGUCUGCUAAACUGUUAUGGCAUGGCGAUCCGCAUGUCACUAAACCUCAUGGCCUAAAAUCUUUUUUCGAAUUUUCAGGCUAA